AUGGGCUCGAUCGGAUCCAUGAGCCCCAUUGGCAAAGAGAGAAUCACUUUUGAUGAGUGGCUUGAUUGUAGUGGCGUGCUGUACGAGUGGGCAGACUGCUAUGAUAACAAGAACUGGUACGGGUUGAUGGACAUUAUCGCCCCGACACUCACGAUCGACUACGACAAAGUCAACAACGCGAAAUUCACCGACCUCCCCGCCGAAAAGUACAUCGCGAUGAUGAGCGACCCGCUGUUCCUGGGCGACGAGCUCGUCGCGUCGCAGCACCUGAUCGGCGCGACCAAGUGGGAAAAGGUGUCGGACGUGGAGAUGGUGUCGCACCACCAGUCGCGCGCGGCGCACCAGCGGUUCGAGGACGUGCGGCGCAGGGACGUCGCCGUCAAGGGCCACGGCCACGGCACCGUCACCACCUUCUACAAGAAGAUCGACGGGCAGUGGAAGUGGGCGGGCAUCAAGACAAAGGUCAUUUGGAACGAGUUUGAUUUCGAACACGUCUUUCGCGGUGCGGCGGGGAAGGAGUAG